AUGCGUGUAACGGCGCGUAUUCUUCGAGACUCCACAAAACUUUUGGAAGGCACUGCCGAAGUUUUGGACCGCACCAUACAGGAUAUCCCCCGGCUUCAGAAGGUUCUCGAUACCGAGAAGUUGCUUGGCGUGGUUCCUGAUAUGGACGUCAGGGCAGCCAAAGAAAGCGUGAGCACAGAAGCACAUCCGCAAAUCGAGGCGUUGAGCAGUCUUCUUGAGAAAAACCUCGCCAAGCUUCGUCGGAAAAAGACAAGUUUGGAAAGCCAGGCUCGACUUCUCCAAGUGCGUUUGGAGAGCGCAGAGAAUCAGUCUCCGCUGAGGGGAGAACGCCGGUUUAACAGAAGCACCACCUUAGACUCUUCGCACGAGGCGGACCUAGCCCGCUUGCGCUAUUUGCGCCACAAAAGCGAUCGUUUGAGCUACAAUUUGUCGCAGGCCAAACUUAAGAACAACCGGGCCAAACUCAGCUUUGUGCCAUCGCUUCCACCUGCCCCGUAG